AUGGAUUCGGAUGCGGAUCUGGAGAGUCCCCGAUGGAUGAGGAUGAUGACCGACCCUGACACGCCCAGUCAGGGUGGGUACUGGGGACACAUCUUCUCACGACCGGCGGUGCGUUACGCCGGCCAGCCCAACCAGAGCGGCUUCUUCACCUCCUCCAACCUCAACGGUAAGGCCCUCAGCAGCCGCGACGUCAGCCUUAGCGACCCCUACAAGGAUGAGCUGGAGCCGUACUUCAACAGCAACAGCGGCGCCUCCUUCACGAGCUCCAUACAGUCAUACAAGGACAAGAGGAACAUCCGGCGGCGGAACACCAUCUUCCUGGUGCUGCUGCUGGUGGGUCUGCUGGGGGUGAUUGCCGGCAUCACGGCGGCCACACUGUGGAGCAUCAUCGGCCAACACAAUGGAGCUAUAUCAGGACGACUAGAGAACCCUCUGGCAGGAGGGGCGAAUACUGGUUCCGGAGCCACGUCUACAGUAGGCACAGCAGCGGAAUCAACCACUGUCCUUCCGUCGACUGAAGGUUUGGGGGGAGAUGCAAGUGCUGUUUUAGGUGGAUCAGGUGAAUCUACAGGUGGUUCUAGCACGGUUCAUAAUUUGUCUGGUGGGUCGGGUGGAUCAGCAACCAUGGCUCCGUCUCAUACUGUAGGUUUUGUGGCUGAUUCAAAUGCAAUCAUCGACAGCUCAAGCGCUUCAAGCGUGCUUAGGAGCGAGUUAUUUGUCUCGGGUGGAACAUCAACCGUGCUUCCUUCUGAUACACGAAGCUUUGGAGAUUAUGCAAGUUCUAGUUUAGGUGGAUCCAGUGCCUAUAACGAGGGUGGUGGAUCAAGUGAUUCUAGCGCGAGUAGUAGUGUCACACUUGGGUCAAGUGAAACAACCACCUUGACUCCUAAUACUCUAAGCUCUGAGGUUGAUGCCAGUGCUGGUGUAGGUGGAUCAAGUGGUUCUAGUGCGGGCGAGUCAGGCGGAACAGCCACCUUGGCGCCUUCUAAUACUCUAAGCUCUGAGGUUGAUGCCAGUUCUGGUGUAGGUGGAUCAAGUGGUUCUAGCGCGGGCGAGUCAGGUGGAACAGCCACCUUGGCGCCUUCUAAUAUUCUGAGCUCAGAAGUUGAUGCCAGUUCUGGUGUAGGUGGAUCAAGUGGUUUUAGCGCGGGCAAGUCAGGUGGAACAGCCACCUUGGCGCCUUCUAAUAUUCUGAGCUCUGAGGUUGAUGCCAGUGCUGGUGUAGGUGGAUCAAGUGGUUCUAGCGUGGGCGAGUCAGGUGGAAUAGCCACCUUGGCGCCUUCUAAUAUUCUGAGCUCUGAGGUUGAUGCCAGUUCUGGUGUAGGUGGAUCAAGGGGUUUUAGUGCGGGCGAGUCAGGUGGAACAGCCACCAUGACUCCUUCUUAUACUCUGAGCUCUGAGGUUGAUGCCAGUUCUGGUGUAGGUGGAUCAAGUGGUUCUAGUGUAGUCGGUAGUGGAUCUGAAACUGUUGAUGGAAGCCAAUCUGGCGGAACUGCAACUUUGUCACCCUCACAUAGUCUAGGUAUCGAACGUGAUGCCAAUGCCGGCUUAGGUGGAAUUGUCGGUUCUGUAGGUGGAACUGGUUCAGGUGCUGACGGCAGUGUGGUAAGCAGCACAGCUAUCUCUGCAACUGGUUCGUUUGAUACUGCCAGCAUCGUGUCGUCAGGAGCAGGUCAAGGCUACAGUAGUGUGAGCGGUGAUGGAAAUAUGUUAUAUCCAACGGCACUAACUUCCCUUCCCGACUCAUAUACCCCCACUGAGCAAACAUUGUCUGUUUUGGACAACACGUUUACAGCUUUUGUUUUUACGCCAGGUUCUGCUAUAUCAGGAAGUUUGGGGUCAGGUUCCGCUGGUGGUAGUGCGGGAUCAGAUAGUGGAACCAGGACCGUUGCUUCAGACCAUCUACAUGGCUCUGCAUCUAACACGCUUGUCGCAAAUAGCCUCUCAGUGGGAACCGUAAACACGUUACCAGUUUCAGCUGUGACAUUCUCUCACUUGCUUGGUGGAACGGAAAGUAUUGUAGCAUCAGCUUCCAGUGUCUAUAGUGAUUCAGCUUCCAUCAGUCGAAAUGAUGAGACGUCUUCAGAUGAAAGUCACCUGUCUUCGUUUCAAACAAUGACUGUCGGGGAUACAUCUGCAGUUGCUUCAGCUAGUCCAUCUUCUCAGCUUGAUGCAAGUCUUUCUGCUUCUUCUGGUGUAGAUACUGCUUCAGAGUUUGGUCAGAGUAACAGUUUCAUAUCUCAAACGGCAUCUGUAAGUGCUACUGGGUGGCUGGAUUCACAAACAGGUAACAUCGGCGCGUCAGUCACACACAAUGGAACAGGGGUGUACUCACAAUCGCCAACAGUAGGUUCUCAAGAUACGGCCAGUUCUUCUUUAGGAGGGACCGUUAAUGGAUUAACAUCAUCAGCUGUGUUACGUACUGCAGUAAACAGCGGGCAGGGGGUUACACAGAGUCUUGGGGCUAGCAGUAUGAACAGCAACACUCCCUUACUUCAACCGUCUUCACAACCCAUCAGUGAUCUGGCAAUGACAACCACAGUCUUUGACAGUGCAACGGCUACACCACUCAUGGGUUCUGGUGCCACUGCUGUAACAAGUGGGGUGGGGUCAGGUGCCACUGCUGUAACAAGUGGGGUGGGGUCAGGUGCCACUGCUGUAACAAGUGGGGUGGGGUCAGGUGCCACUGCUGUAACAAGUGGGGUGGGGUCAGGUGCCACUGCUGUAACAAGUGGGGUGGGGUCAGGUGCCACUGCUGUAACAAGUGGGGUGGGGUCAGGUGCCACUGCUGUAACAAGUGGGGUGGGGUCAGGUGCCACUGCUGUAACAAGUGGGGUGGGGUCAGGUGCCACUGCUGUAACAAGUGGGGUGGGGUCAGGUGCCACCGCUGUAACUGGCUGUGCCACUGCUGUAACAGUGGGGUGGGGUCAGGUGCCACUGCUGUAA